AUGGCCUGGCAGGCAAUUCGCUCUUUCGUGCGGCGGCGAGGGAGCAAAUUUCGGCGAAUACCGGAAGGAUCAACCGAUCGAUACACGAACUGGGCCAAUGGUUUAUCUGCCGAUCAGUUAACAUCACAGGUUUUCACAUCUCAUGGACCCACACUUAUCGCUCCGACUUGGUUUAUUUCUCGUGAGCUCUACAGACGUUUGAACGGGUUCCGAGAGGACGUUUGCCUUGGAUACCCGGAAGACCUCGAGUUUUUCUACAGAGCGCUCGACUUAGGAAACGCUGUUUUUGAAGAUCAUUGCCGAGGAUGCAAAGAAACGUGGUUGCUGGCUUUUUGCGAUGUUGAUGAUAAGAAGAUAAACCGAGGAGUGUUUGAGGAGUACGACGACGUUGCUCGCGUUGUGCGAUGGAAGCUGCCGAUCGUGCAUGUGAGAGUUAACUACGUGGGUUCCAUCCUCCUACGCAAGCUUGGCAAUGAUGUAUGGACAGAGAGAAGUUGA